AUGGCAAACGAAGGUAGCAAAGGUGGAGUUGGCACAAGUGAUGCUAAUGGAAGUAGAAAUGAUCUAGCUCAUCAAGGGAAGAAGAAAGGGCGAGGGCCUACUCGGAAUCUUAAAUUGGCUAAAGAGUUUAAGGAAGGGGAAAGAUAUGAGAUUGGUUGGCUGAAUGGAAGACCUGUAGGGCCUCAUGCUCGUGAUCUAAUAAAUGAAUGUACAAAACUUGUUAGGGCACAACAAAAUGUACCUCUAAAGUUCACAGAUUGGAAAAAAGUACCCUAUAUCAACAAAAGGAAGCUUUUUGAUAAAGUGUUGGAGUAUUUCAAAGUUGAGGGUCGAGAGCAAGAGGUUUGGCGACAAAUGGGUAGUUCUUACUUGAAUUAUCGUGACUCCCUAAAGAAAAAGUGGUUUAAGCCAUAUGGUGAAGUAACAGAAGAGGCACGAGCAAAUGUUCCACCCGGACUAGAGAAGGAUGAUUGGAAUUGUCUCGUGGAUUUGUGGAGCAAGCAAGAUUAUAUGGAAAUAUGUUUGAUGAACAAGGAAAAUCGGGACAAAAACAAUAUUAUCCACACUUCUGGUUCAAAAAGUUUCCAACAACGUAGUGGGGAAGAGAAAGAGAAGACAGGUCAUAGCCCUAGUAGAAUUGAAUUAUUUGACAUCACCCAUGUGCAAGCUAAUGGGCAGGCAGUAAAUAAACCAACACAAGAUGCAUUGGUGGCAUUGAGGAAUCUUACUACUCAAGUGAAUGAGGGGGCAUUGCAAAUAUCUCAAGAUCAAAUGUUUGUGGAGGUGUUUGGACCUGAGCGUCAUGGACGAGUUCGUGGCUAUGGGGCUGGAGUCACUCCUACCAAGUUAUGGGGUUCCUCCUCAUCUAGAAUGUAUGAUCUUGAGAAGCGACUCCAAGAAUCUGAACAAAAACGCUUAGAAUCUGAACAGAAAUGCUUAGAAUCUGAACAAAAACGAAUAGAGGCUGAUGUAGAGUUGAAAGAAGAAGUAAAGCACCUCAAAAGCAUGCUCGAACAACAAGCUAUUCAAAUGGCAGCACAAAGAGCACAUUAUGACAAUAUGAUGAUGCAAAUGUUGAGUUGUAUCACCUCGCAAUCAGCCCAAUCUAGUAGUGAUCACUAAGGUGGCUUUGCUGUUAAUUUGGGUUGCUGAUAUAAGGAAACAUGUGAAGAAUUUAGAAUUUGGGAAGGGUCAUGUAUAUAAAGCUGUGCAUGUAACCGAUUUUUAUUUCCUUUCAUCAACUUUGGCCUUAUAUAGGAUGUAUUAGGGUUUGUUCUGUUCACCUACUACCAUGAUAGAUUGUGCAAAGAACCUUGUUUUUACAAUUUAAAACUCUUGCCCCUGUUGACUAUUGAAUUAGAUCAUAUAAAUAUUGAUCGGGUUAAUUUGACUUUUGGUAUCAUAUAAAUUCAUACAAUUAUGAAUU